AUGAUCAACCCUAGCAGCAACUUCACCCCUCUUCCCUCUCAUGGCAUCGCCCGGAACUUCGUUUCCCGGCGACUCCUCUUCUUGCCUGAGAUCCAAGUGAUGGAGGUUCUUGUGGCUCUCAUUGUGUUUGUGGCUAUACAUUCCCUAAGGCAAAGGAAGCGCCAUGGCCUGCCGGUUUGGCCUUUUCUUGGGAUGUUGCCUUCUCUUGUUGGGGGUCUCCGGACCGACAUGUAUGAAUGGAUUUCCGGCGUUCUUUGCCGUCGGAAUGGGACGUUUGUGUUUAAGGGUCCUUGGUUUAGCAGCCUCAACUGUGUGGUCACUUCGGAUCCUCGCAACAUAGAGCAUCUCCUCAAGGGUAAAUUCUCUAACUUCCCCAAAGGAGCCUACUUUAGAAACACGGUCAGAGACCUGCUCGGGGACGGCAUAUUUAGCGCCGACGAUGAGACCUGGCAGCGCCAGAGGAAGACGGCAAGCAUUGAGUUCCACUCGGCGAAGUUCCGAAAACUCACCAUUGAGUCGCUGUUGGUGCUGGUCCACUCCAGACUCCUCCCAGUGCUUGAAGAUUCAGUCAAAAACUCAGCCUCUAUCGACCUCCAAGACGUGCUCUUGAGGCUCACCUUCGACAAUGUCUGUAUGAUAGCAUUUGGCGUCGACCCCGGGUGUCUCCGCCUAGGCCUACCGGAAAUUCCAUUUGCUCGAGCAUUCGAGGACGCCACAGAAGCCACGGUUCUUCGCUUCGUUACACCCACAUGCAUAUGGAAGGCCAUGAGGCACCUCAACAUAGGCACCGAGAAGAACCUCAAGAUAUCGAUAAUGGGGGUCGAUAAAUUUGCAAAUGAAGUGAUCACAACAAGGAAGAAGGAGCUUUCGUUACAGUGUGACGACAAGAACCAGAGGUCCGAUCUGUUGUCAAUCUUCAUGGGGUUGAAGGAUGAAAAUGGACAGCCAUUUUCGGACAAAUUUUUGAGGGAUAUAUGCGUGAACUUCAUACUUGCCGGUAGAGACACUUCCUCGGUGGCGCUGAGUUGGUUUUUCUGGCUCCUUGAUCGGAAUCCGGCGGUGGAGGAGAGGAUCAUGGCGGAGAUAUGCAGGAUGGUGGGUGAAAGGAAAGGUGAAGAAGAGGGAGAUGGUUUGAUAUUCAAGGCUGAGGAGGUGAAGAAAAUGGAGUAUCUGCAAGCUGCUCUAUCAGAGGCACUCAGGUUGUAUCCAUCAGUGCCUGUGGAUCACAAAGAGGUGAUUGAAGACGAUGUAUUUCCAGAUGGGACUGUGUUAAAGAAAGGAACCAAAGUGGUGUAUGCCAUUUAUGCCAUGGGAAGAAUGGAGGGGAUAUGGGGAAAGGAUUGCAGGGAGUUCAAGCCCGAGAGGUGGCUCCGAGACGGCCGGUUCAUGAGCGAGUCAGCCUACAAGUUCACCGCCUUCAAUGGCGGACCUCGGCUUUGCCUAGGGAAAGAUUUUGCUUACUAUCAGAUGAAAUUCGCUGCUGCGUCUAUAAUAUACCGUUACCAUGUCAAGGUGGUGGAAAAUCAUCCAGUUGAGCCGAAGCUUGCAUUGACAAUGUACAUGAAGCAUGGGUUGAAGGUGAAUCUGAUCCGGCGCCAUGAGUCUGAGCUCCAGAAGUACCUGAAAAUCAGAAACUAAGUGCUUAAGAAUAAUGUGUGUUGUUACAUUGGUCACAUUUUAUCUUUUUUUCUUUUUUCUUUUUUCUCUUUUUUUUCUUUUUUUCACUAUACCAUUUGCAAUGCACUAUUUGAAGCAAAAGAAUAGGAGGGGGGGAAAAGAUAAAGAGGGACUUACAUAAUUACAUUUGGGUAUAUGUUUUGUAAGCUGCAUUUUAAUAAUGGAUCUGAUGUUUGUUGUAUAAUUCAUUGGUUGAUGAUUAAUGAUUUUAAUUUACAAUUCUUGUUA